AAUCUGAAAAGAAGCGUGAUAAUAAGUUUUCAUAAAAUUUAUUUAUUGAUUAACAAACAAAUUGUCUACAAUCACAGUAUUAAUCGAAUCGUUUAAAAUGUCGGAUAGACUCAAGAAUACGAACACAAUCUCCAACCAGGAAGUUAUUGAAGAUUUAACUAAAGGUUUAGAGUUUUUGAGUGCUGAUGAAACAACAGCGAAUGUUAUAAAUCCAGAAACUACAGUCGAUGAUUUCAUUAACUCGGCCGGAGACGCACAGAAAACAGACAUUCCACAUACAGAAGAUGACUAUGAUAAAGAUGACAAGACAUACAGUGAAGAUUACAAAGCUGAAAGUGACAAAGAUGACAGUGACGCAGAUUCAAUAGACGAGGAAUCACUGAAAGAUGCGGAGGUGGACUUAACUGAUGACCAGAAAGAAGAACGUAGAAUUCAAGCUGAAGGCUUAAAGAAUGAAGGAAAUGAAGCAUUCAAGAUCGGUGAAUAUGAAAAAAGCAUAGAGAAAUAUACGGAAGGUCUAAGAAUCUGUCCGCUUCAAUUUGAACAACAACGCUCCAUUCUAUACUGUAAUCGAAGUGCUGCGAAAAUGAAACUGGAAAAUUAUAAGCGAGCCAUCAAAGAUUGCAGUAAAGCUAUUGAAUUGGAUGAUAAAUAUUUGAAAGCUUAUUAUAGAAGGGCACAGUCAUAUGAAGCUACAGAGAAAUAUGAUGAAUGUUUAGCAGACUUCAAGAAGAUUCUAGAACUAGAUCCAGCACAUAAAGAGGCUCAAGCGGCAGUGAUCCGUCUACCACCCCUCAUAGAGGAGAAGAAUGAGAAAUUAAAGAAGGAAAUGCUCGGUAAAUUGAAAGAUUUAGGCAAUAUGAUACUAAAACCAUUCGGUCUUUCUACGGAUAAUUUUCAAAUGGAACAGGAUCCAGAAUCAAAAGGAUAUAAGAUUAAUUUUAAACAAUAAAUCUACUCGUUAGAUUCACUGUUCUAAGU